CAAACGAAUCUGACCGGCCCCUAGGAUUUUUUUUUUUGAGAAUGGCCACUCCCUAAAUCCAGGGAAGGAAAGGGAGGACUCGGGUCACGUGGCCUUGCUCUUGUAAACUUUGUGUCUGGAUCCGGAGUCGCUGCUGCUCGCAGCGUUUCCCCCAUGGCUUCGGUGACCCGAGCGCUGUUUGGAGACCUGCCCUCCGGGGCAGGACCUGUUGAGAAGUUCCAGCUGCAGUCGGACCAGCUGCGAGUGGACAUCAUCUCCUGGGGCUGCACCAUCACAGCCCUGGAGGUCAAGGACAGGCAGGGGAGAGCCUCGGAUGUGGUGCUCGGCUUUGCCGAGUUGGAAGGGUAUUUCCAAAAACAGCCCUACUUUGGAGCCGUCGUUGGAAGGGUGGCCAACCGAAUUGCCAAAGGCACCUUCACAUUGGCUGGGAAAGAGUACAAGCUAGCCAUCAACAAUGGGCCCAACAGUCUGCACGGUGGGGUCAGAGGGUUUGAUAAGGGCUCUCCAAAUAUAUAUGACCAUGAAGUCACUAUUGAAGCAGAUGCUUUCUUGCCUGUGGAUGAAACCCUGAUUCCUACAGGAGAAAUUGCUCCAGUGCAAGGAACUGCAUUUGACCUGAGGAAGCCAGUGGAGCUGGGAAAACACCUGCAGGAGUUCCGCAUCAACGGUUUUGACCACAAUUUCUGUCUGAAGGGAUCCAAAGAGAAGCGUCUUUGUGCAAGGGUCCGUCACGCCGGCAGUGGGCGGGUCCUGGAAGUGUACACCACCCAGCCGGGUGUCCAGUUUUAUACAGGCAACUUCCUGGAUGGCACACUCAAGGGGAAGAGUGGAGCCAUCUACCCCAAGCACAGCGGCUUCUGCCUGGAGACCCAGAAUUGGCCCAACGCUGUCAAUCAGCCCCACUUCCCUCCUGUGCUGCUGAGACCUGGGGAGGAGUACGACCACACCACCUGGUUCAGGUUUUCUGUGGCUUAAAGAAGCAGGAAGAUAUGACCCGUGCCGGGGCCCAGCUAGGAACUCCCUGGGCCGUUUGUUUCCUGUGCAGAGACGAGGCAAGAAUGUAGGCCUUUGCGAUGACCCUGCGAUCAAAAUCAGCUAAUUGGUCUGAAUAUUGAUUUCCUAAGAACUCUUCCAAUGAUUAACUCCCUCCUGUGUCUAAGGAUCGCUUCUGUGUGGUUGAGACAAGGGCACCCAGCCAACAUGUCCUCGUCUGAGCCUUCCCCCACGCCCAGAAAUGGCACCCCGCGCUCUCACCCGCAGAGGCAGCUGUUGUUGCUCCCAUCACACCACCCCUGUCUUCUCCACUUUUCUCCCUUCCCUUCGCCUCCACCUCAGACUACCUUAGUCAUGUACCGGGUUCUCAAAUGUCACAUGAGCUCAUUCAGCAUGCGGCAGAUGGGCUUCUCGGCCUGUAGCACGAGAUGACAUGCGUGAUGGACAGGAGAGCUUAGACAGGUUAAGUAACCCACCUGUAGGUCUCAACUGGCCUGAACUUGAGCUCAGGCCAUAUGAAUUCAGGCCCCCUCCUUUCCUGCUCCUCCCCCUCCUCCUCGGUCUGCUCUAUGGGCCCCAAAGAGAGGUGUGACCCCUUCCCUGGUUGGGGGAGCCAGGCUUUCUUCCCAGAUCCACUGCUACAAGAACCAAUAGGUUGAGGUUCACUGUCUCUGUACCCCAGAGGUGAUGUCACUUAAAGCACACAGCCACUCUUGUCGCUUAGAUUCUCUCCCUUGGUGCUUAGCUAAGAAAGCCCAGCCCAGGAUAGGUGUGGAGAGAGGGGAGCCAUUGGAGAUGGGAGUGAGGUGCAUGCCCUUUGCCUAUGAAAUGCUGUGAGCAUCACAUACUGCGCUGCUAGGAGCAUGUGCUAUAUGAUGUAGGCCAGGUGGGAGCAGAUUCCUUCCCUGGACAAUCCAAUCAGUGACGGGGUUGCGUUAGUGAUUGUUAAGGAAGUGUGUUGAAAUAAAACCCAAAGCUGCACUUUCA